CUGAAGCGCAAACAUGGAAGAGAAGAGUCUGAUUCUCGAGGGUCUUCCGGCUGAUUUCGACCGUGUCAAAUCAAAGCUCCAGCUUUAUUUUAAGAAUAAAAGAAGAUCUGGAGGAGAGAUCGUGCAGAUUCGAGAACAUCACGAGGACAAGCGAAAAGCGCUUCUGGUUUACAUGAGCGACGAUGAUCUGAAGAAGGUGCUUGACAAAAGGGUGCAUAAAGUUGAUCUGAAACCUCAUGGAUCAGUGGAAGUGACCGUGAAACUCCCAGAAGACCCUGCGAUCAAGAAGACCAAACCACCAGUGCUUCCAAAACCCAACCCCGAGAGAUGCCUGCCCCUCAGAUCACUGCCCGCUCCAGCCAGACAGGUGUCUCCCGUCAGAAAGCCUGCAACAGCAAUUACAGCUCAUAAAGAAGAUGAGGAGGAUUCAGAAACACCAGAUCUUCUCAUUAACACCCCUGGUUUAGUCGAGAAGGAAAUGCUUCAGAUGUAUUUUGAGCAGUUCACAGAGCAGUUUGAGCUAGCAAAGCACGGGAAUAACAGCUGGAUCCUGAAGCUCUGCAGCCAGUCAGAUUUAGAGGAGAUUUUGGGCCAGAAAGAGCAUGGGUUUGGUAUAACGUUAGCAGUGUAUAAAGGAGGUGGUCUGGGAGAGCAGUUGGACCCGCGUCGCUUCAUCUUGACUGGCUUUGAUGGAGCCACAGACUGCAGGAUGAUCUCAGUGUUCAUCGGCAGCUGUAGCAAGACCACAGAGCACACCUGGGAGACGCUUGAUGAGGACAGGAUCGUUGUCAGCUUCAAACACGAUAUCGAUGUGACGUCAUUUCUAAGGAAAUGCACCUCGAGGCAGCUGCAGGGUCGAGACAUCGGAGUGACCCGUGUGGAGCGGACGGACUCGGUUCUGGUCCAGGGAGACUUGGAGCAGAUCAGUGAAGAUGUUCUCACACUUUACUUCAGCAACAAGAAGAGGAGCGGAGCAGGAGACGUCCAGUCCUUCAUAUGGAUCAACAGACGAAAGAGCGCGGCCAUCACCUUCGGAAACUGUGACGAUGCGCAUGCAGUGGUGGAACAAACACACAAUGUUUGCGGCACAGAAGUUCACGCUUCACUGUUCUACUCAAGUUUACAAAAGGCUUUAACUGGAGAAAAACCAACCCUAACUGAUAAAAUAUCCACGAAAGUGAACGUUCCUGUCAGUGAAGAGCUGCUCCGUUUCUUUGAAACCAAUGAGCGAUGCAGAAAACAACUGGAGAACGAGGCCAAACUGCUUCACGCCAAAGUGCUUAUUGACAGCUCCGCCGCAGCAAAUGAACUGAUUCUGGAGAUGGACGUCAACAAAGAGUCGCUGGCUGCGCUGCAGAUCGCUCCCACGUGGGAGUCCAAGACAAUGAGGGAAGCGGAGUCGUUUCUGAGCAGAUAUGACACCGCAGAGCUGCCGGCGGAGAAGGACGUCUGGACGAGAGCUGAGAACGACUGUAACCGUCUCAUCACGCUCGACACGGCGCUCUCCUACAGGGAGCUCAACUCUAAAGCUGUGAUUGCUGGAGUGAAAGAGGAGGUGAAGGUCCUGUCAGACAAGAUCAGGACGCUCCUGAAGAACACUGCUGCUGAGGUGGAAGUGGAAAGAAACACAGCCGAGGUAGACCUCCAACUAGACUGCAGAGAGACGUUUGAUCUAAUUAAAGAGCGAGUGGAGUCCAGAUUAGGGCAGGUGAGUUUAUCUCAUGAUGAGAAGCAGCACAUCAUCUCCCUCAGAGGUCUGAAGGAUCAAGUACAUUCAGUGGAGAUGCUCAUCAAGCAAGCGCAGAAGAACAUCGUCACGCACCAGCUGAAGCUUUCUUCACAUCUGAUUCACUUUCUGAAGUCUCUGGAUCUUGAAAAGUUUGAGCAAGACUAUUUUCUCCCAAGCCACAUUCCAGCUAGACUUUUAAACCGAAAGGAUUUUUUUGGCAUCUUGGUUGAGAAAGAAAACCUGAAGAGAGCUGAAGACAAAAUAAGAGAGAUUCUCAAAGAGCAGGUUAUACAGCUUUCUCCCAAUCAGACCGGUGACACGUGGACACACUUUCUCAGGAAUCUUCAAGAUGACAUAGAAUCGUUCCAGAAAGCUCACGACAUCAGGAUCGCACAAUCAAAUAAUGAGGUUAUAAUAUGUGGGUUUUCCAGUGCAGUUGCAGAUGUUACCGGAAAAGUCAAGAGAUAUCUGGACAACAAGGAACCGACAACUGAGAAGGUCCCUCUGAAAUCUGUGCGAGAGGCUGAAUUUGUGGAGUCCUGCCUGAAUCUGUCCGAGCUCCCUGAACUCAAGAGCCUCGGCGCGACGGUACUCGCUUACAGAACAUCAAACUCCCCUUGUCUGAAGAUCACAGCAGCUAAAGACAAUAUCAAAGACGCGGUGCGUGUCGUACAGCAGCAGAUAUCAUCCAUUCUUAUGGAGAGCCAUACAUAUAGCAAAGCAGGAGAAGCAAAGGUUCUGGAGAAACAUGAAGCCAACAUGAAGACCAGAGCUAAGGAGAUGCACUGCAGUCUGUAUUUAUCACAAGAGCAUGUGGUCAAAUCCAGCCCUCCAAAGAGCUUCACACACAAAAUAGGCAACUUCAUGACUCGGAGUAUCGCAGAAGGAGACCUGCACCAUUUCACAGCCGACGCUUUGACCUGUCCAAUGAAUGCCAAUCUAGCUUUCAGUAACCCUGUGGCUCAGUGCUUUCUCCAGUUCGGAGGAGACGAGAUUACAGAGGUGUGUAAAACUCAGCAGAAGCAACAGCAGAGUCUUCUGCCUGGAGACGUGGUGCUCAGUGAUGCUGGGAAACUCAGCGCCGGGACGCUCAUUUACGCCGUGUUGCCUCAGAAAGGACAGAGGCUGGACUCUCACUACCUUCAGUCAGGCGUGUACAACAGCCUCCUGAAAGCCGAAGGAAAAGGAUGCGCCUCGAUUGCACUCCCAGCAGUCGGUUGUGAAAGCUUCGGCUUCUCUGUCAAAGACAGCUGCGUGGCGCUCCGAGCCGCUGUACUGCAGUUCUGCAGCGACCGUCAGAAUUCUCCUAAAAACAUCAGACGCAUCAGUAUAGUGGAUUCAGACGAGGAGAUCGUUGAGGAGUACAACGCUCUGAUCCAGGAACUAGGAUUUCCUGACACAUCUACAACAGUUCCCCUACAAUCCUUGAAGCUAAAACACGGAUCAGACACGAGAGUGCUGAUCAAUGGUGUGCCCAUAUGCCUGAAAAACGGCGACAUCACCAAAGAGACGGUGGAUGUCAUUGUGAAUUCAAACAACAGAAGUUUAGAUCUUAACACCGGCGUCUCUGGUGCCAUCUUAAAAGCUGCUGGACAAUCUGUUGUUGACGAAUGCAAAAAGCAAGCUCCUCUGAAAGCAGGUGCAGCAGUGCUGACGAGUGCUGGAGCGCUUCAGUGUAAGUUUAUCGCACAGAUGGUUGGGCCAGACAGCACCGCCGACAUCACAUCAUCUCUGGAAACAGUUCUGAACCUCUGUGAAGCCAAAACGGCCACAACUCUGGCCAUUCCUGCGAUUGGAACAGGACGAGGUGGCUUUGCCCCGAAAGAAUCGAUCAAAGCCAUCUUCACAGCACUCGAGAAACAUCUGAAGGAGCCGAACUCAUCCUGCCUCCGGAGCAUCACUGUAGUGGCAUUUGAACAGAAGACCUUUGAUGCCUUUCGUGACCAUUUUAAAGCAUGGAAUAAGCCUGCGUCCGGCAAGAUGCCAGAAAAUCAAGUCAAAAUUGGAAGUGUCAGAAUUGAGGUAAAGAAAGGUGACAUCACUAAUGAAACCGUCCGGGGGAUCGUCAACACCACCAACAGGGACAUGAGCUUGAGAGGAGGAGUGUCUGGUGCCAUAUUUAAAGCAGCUGGAGCAUCUGUGGAGCAGGAGUGCCAAAAGCACGGUGCACUGCAGAAUGACGUCGCAGCCGUGACCAGCGGUGGAAACCUGCAUUGUGACUUCAUCAUUCACAUGGUGGGCCCGCACUCGGCGGCAGAGACGAGAUCACGUGUGAGGAACGUUCUGGAGCGCUGUGAGGAGAAGCAGAUCACCACGGUCUCCUUCCCUGCCGUGGGCACCGGUGGCGGAGGCGUUCAGGGUGAGGACGCCAUUGGUGCGAUGCUGCAGGGCUUUAAAGAUCAUCUGUCUCAAAACGUCUCAACGGUGAUCAAGCUCAUCUACAUUGUGAUUGACCGGGACAACGUCCUACAAGAGUUUCAGAAAGGUCUCAAAACAUGGAUUGCAAAUACACAGGAGAGUGAAGCUGAUGAAUAUGAUGAAAAUGAUGAUGAUGGAGAUGAUGAGUUGGAGGAUUACAGCUCAACGGAAGAAAGCUCCUCAUCUGACGAAGGAGCUGAUGCCAGCGCAAACCCAGUGGAGGUGAUGAUGGGCCCGAUUAAAGUCAAGGUGCUUUGCGGAGACAUCACCAAAGAGACUGUCGAGGCUAUUGUUAACAGCACGACGACAAGCCUCGAUUUGAACACAGGUGUAUCAGGAGCCAUUCUCAAAGCAUCAGGACAAACGGUGGUGAACGAGUGCAAAUCAAAAGCGCCUCAGCCCGCCGAUGGCGUGAUCCUGACCACAGCUGGAAAUCUUUCAAAUAUCAAACACAUCAUCCAUAUGGUUGGGCAGACCAAUGAGAAAGGCAUCAGCAGCUCCAUGUACAAAGUUCUGGGGAUGUGCGAAGAAAAUAAGAUUCAGUCGGUUUCAUUCCCAGCUCUUGGAACAGGAGCAGGAAACUUGGCUGCUGCAGGAGUUGCCAAUGCAAUGACAGAAGCUCUGACUAACUUUGUAAAGGACUCACCGAAACACCUGAAGCGCGUCCACCUUGUGAUCUUCCAAGCGAAACUGCUGCCAGACUUUCAGGAAGCUGUCAAGAAGUGCAAGAAGAUUUCUCGAAAUGCUUCUGCGCGUCAGGUCAAACCCCUCCAGCAACCGGUGAUCCCUGUGCUGACACAGCGACCAGCUAUUUGUCUAGCCAAAGAAACGACCGCUGUAUCGUUCCCGGUUAUGGCCGUUGACGUUUACGGGACGUCCCCUACAAACCUCGCCAAGGUCAAGAAGCUCCUGGACGAGCUGGUCAAGGAGGAGUGCUUCAGUAAAGACGUCCAGUUGAGCCACAUCACAGACCUUCCUGAAACGGACAAGAAGGCCAUCGUGGCCCUCAGCCGAGCCAAUCAAAUCAGCGUUCUGGUGGCCAGUUCGGAUAAGUUAACAGUAUCAGGGAAGAGAGACGACGUCUUAGAUGCUGUGCUGAAGAUAAACGGCUUCAUCCAGGCAGCGCGAGACCGAGAGAAGCGUGAAGGUGAGGUGAAGCGUCUGCGGGAGACGCUGUGCUGGGAGGUGGCGAGAGGAGAACGCUGGGAGUCACUGGAGCCCGGCAUCAGCUACGACAUCGAGCUCACCUUCCACCGCAAAGAGAAGAGCUUCCAGUACCAGGAGAAAGGAGACACCUACACGGUGGACUUCAACCAGAUGGAGGUCACAAACAGCAAGCGGGAGUCCUGCAGGAUCAAGAGGACUCUGCUGGGGGAUUCUGAUACAGCAAUCAUUCAUCCCCCUCCAACGUGGACCAAAAUGGAUGGACGGGAUUUAGAAAUAAUCACAUUACAAUCAAAUUCAGUAGAGUACAAGAACAUAGAAACAGCCUUUCUGAAAUCCAGCAUACACCGUGAUGUGAAGCCCGUCCAGGUUCAACAGAUCGACAGGAUUCAGAGUCAGUCGCAGUGGCAGAGAUACUGUGUGCUGAAACAGGCCGUGGAUAAGAAAUACCCCAAACAGAGAAACGAGCGCCAGCUUUAUCACGGAACGACCAAAGAGAUAUGCCAGAAAAUCAACAAGAACGGCUUCAACCGCAGCUUCUGUGGGAGAAACGCGGUCUAUCACGGCGAAGGCACCUACUUCGCUAAAGAGGCCUGGUACUCCUGCCAGGACAAGUAUUCCAACCCAGACGACAAAGAGCUGAAGUAUAUCUACCGAGCGCGAGUGGUGACGGGCUCGCUGUGUAAAAGCAGAGAAGGAAUGAAGGAGCCGGAUCCGAUCAACCCUGCAGACCCGCGGGCCGGACUGCACGACUGCGCCGUGGACAGCCUCCAGAACCCGUUCAUCUUCGUGGUGUUCUGUGACGCGGGAGCGUAUCCAGAGUACCUCAUCACCUUCAAAUCCAUAUAGUCCUCCAGCAAACUCUACAAACGCACAUUUACCCUGAAUGCUGCUGACAGAGAUUAUGGGAGUCUUGAUUGCUUUUAUAACGAGACAAAAACGUGAAGAUGUUUUCACACAUAACAUUCUUCAGUAGGGCUGUCAAUCAAAAAAUCACUUAAUUAAUUACAUGAUAAUUGCAUAGAUCAAUAUUAGCUAAGGAAAGCUCCCAAAUAAGGAAAAAUUCAAAGGCAUCAUUCAUCCAAAAAUGAAAAUUGCAUUUACUCACCCUCAUGUUGUUCCAAAACAGUUGCUGGUCCCCAUUGACUUCCAUAGUGGCGUUUUAUUCUCCACACUAUUGAAGUCAAUGCUACCAGCAUCUGUUUGGUUAUCAACAGUCUUCAAGAUCUCUUCUUUUGUGUUCAAUAGAAGAAAGA